AGCAACCGCAUCUGGGCUCCACCAGUCCGAGGAAGGAAGAGCUUGUGGGCCCAUCCCCUCCUGCUCUGCCUGGGUUGCAGUUACAAGCAGGAGAAGAAGGAUCCGCGGUGGGCCAAGUGCUUCCUGCUUGGAAAAGGAUGAAACUCUUGCUGUCCCUGAUGGGAACGUGGAUGAUUCUUGGAUUUAUGGUGGAAAGCACAAAAAUAAAAAAACUCAAAAACCACAGGGAAAAGAAUAUCACAAAACAGGCUUCACUGAAUGAAAUCAAAAGAUUUCUAUCAUAUAAAUUGGAAAGAAGAAAAUUAUUUAAAAUAAUCAACCAGAAAAGAAGUGGUUUAAGAAGUAAGAAGAGUCAAAGCAAAGGAGAAAAAGGGAGAAAACAAUACAUAUUUUUCUCAGCAACAAAUAGCAGUUAUUCAAAAAAGGCAGCAGUGAAAAACAAUACUGAUGAGGGAGAACGUCUUUUUCAUUUGGGCAUGAAAAUUUUCCAGCAGUCCAAAAGCCAACUGCAGAAAAAACAAGCCUACCUACUCUUUGCUAAAGCAGCCAACAUAGGAAACUUAAAAGCUAUGGAGAAAAUGGCUGAGGCUUUGCUUUUCGGUGAUCUUUACUCUCAAAACAUCACAGCAGCUACUGCGUUGUUUGAGUUCUUGGUUGAGGAUGGCUCACAUGAAGCCCAAAAUCUUCCGAGGAUGCUUUGCUGCGUCUUUGGAAUCCUCCACGAGCAAGCGGGAUCACCAUUAUUCACCUUCACUUCAUAUUAUAAAGCACUGGGAUUUCUAUCUUCAUAUGGAAUAGGAGUGGAAUAUAACCAAGCCAAGGCACUGUUAUAUUAUACCUUUGGAGGAAUUGGCGGCAACAUGAUGUCUCAAAUGAUUUUGGGGUACAGAUAUUGGGCAGGAAUAAAUGUUCAAAAGAAUUGUGAAGUCGCACUUGUUCACUACAGGAAAGUUGCAAGUUUUAUUGCUAGUAAAUUGGAAAAGAAUGAAGGCAUCCCUGUGGAAAAAGUGAGACUCACAGAGAGACCUGAGAAUCUGAGUUCUAACAGUGAGAUUUUGGAUUGGGACAUUUAUCAAUAUUAUAAAUUUUUGGCAGAAAGAGGAGAUAUCCAAAUACAAGUGUCUCUUGGACAGUUACAUUUAAUAGGGAGGAAAGGACUAGAACAAGAUUUUUAUAAAGCAUUGUACUACUUCUUAAAGGCAGCCAAGGCUGGGAGUACAAAUGCCAUGGCAUUUCUGGGAAUGAUGUACUUAGAAGGAAACGCUGCAGCACCACAAAAUAAUGCCACUGCCUUUAAGUACUUCUCAAUGGCAGCUAAUAAGGGUAAUGCAAUUGGAUUUUAUGGACUGGGACUGCUUUAUUUUCAUGGGAAAGGUAUUCCAGUGAACUAUGUCGAAGCUUUUAAGUACUUUCAGAAAGCUGCAGAGAAAGGUUGGCCAAAUGCACAGUUUCAGUUAGGAUUCAUGUAUUACUUUGGCUUAGGAGUGUGGAAGGAUUAUAAACUUGCCUUCAAAUAUUUUUACCUGGCAUCUCAAAGUGGACAGCCCCUUGCCAUUUAUUACUUGGGUGAGAUGUAUGCUUCAGGAAUUGGAGUGUUGAGAUCAUGCCAAACUGCAGUUGAGUUUUACAAAGGCGUCUGCGAACUAGGGUUCUGGGCCGAGAAAUUCCUGACAGCGUACUUUGCUUAUAAGGAUGGUGAUAUAGACUCAUCCCUUGUUCAAUAUGCACUGCUAGCAGAAAUGGGCUAUGAAGUAGCUCAAAGCAAUACAGCAUUCAUUUUGGAAUCUAAAAGCACUAAAAUUAUUGGUGAAGAUCAAAUGUAUCCAUUGGCACUUCUCUUGUGGAAUCGAGCUGCAGCUCAAGGCAAUGCACAUGCCAGAGUUAAAAUCGGAGAUUACUACUUUUAUGGCUAUGGAACAAAGAAAGAUUAUCUAACAGCAGCAACUCAUUAUGGCAUUGCAGCAGAAAAACACCACAGUGCCCAAGCCAUGUUCAACCUAGGUUACAUGUAUGAACAUGGUUUAGGGGUUACCAAGGACAUUCAUUUGGCUAAGAAACUAUAUAACUUAGCUGCAAAGUCAAAUCCGGAUGCAUCUGUACCCGUGUUCUUUGCACUUAUGAAAUUGGAAGCUGUGGAUUUUCUAAGACAUAUCCUGCUCUUUAACCAGUUUACUAUGAGAUGGAAGUGGCUGAAAUUGGACAACACCUUUGGACCCUACUGGGAUUUGUUUAUGAUCGGUAUCAUAACUGCCUUACUGACAGUAUUGCUUAGAAACAGACAAGAGUAAGACAACCAUCAAAUGAAGCCAUCCUUUGCAAAGAAAUGGACUGAAGCCAUUCAUUCUCAACUAAUAAACAGUUUCCCCAUGAGUGACCUA